CGCACACGACGCACGUGGGCGUACAGCUGAGUGUAAGUUUUUACGUUUCUCGCAACAUGCGUAUAGAAACGUGUUAUUUCUGUUCAUCCCGGAUAUAUCCGGGACAUGGAAUUCAAUUCGUGAGGAAUGAUUGCAAGAUAUUCAGGUUUUGUCGUUCAAAAUGCCAUGCUGCAUUCAAAAAGAAGAAGAAUCCCAGAAAAGCCAAAUGGACAAAAGCAUACAGAAAAACUGCUGGGAAAGAAUUGGCAGUGGAUCCAUCGUUCGAGUUCGAAAAGAGGAGGAAUGUACCUAUCAAAUAUAACAGAGAAUUAUGGACUAAGACCAUGCAAGCAAUGAAGAAAGUAGAAUCUAUUAGACAGAAGCGAUCAAAUUUGCACAUUAUGCAGAGGUUACGUCAUGGAAAAUUAGUGGAGCAGCAGAGAGAUGUUAGAGAGGUACAACGUAAUAUGUCUCUUAUUCGGUCACCAGCUGCUGGCCUUAAAGAUAGGAUAAAGGAAGAACAAGAUGAACAAAUGCAGGAAAAUAAGAAACGAAAACAGACGCAGAGAGUGAGAGAACAAACACAGGAAGAGGAAGAAGAAAUGCAUAUAGAUGAAGAUUCUGAACAUGAAACAUUAUUAGAAGCCAACUAAACCAUAUAUAUUUUUAUCAUUGUUUUAGAAAUUAUUUCUACUAAGUGUAAAUUAUAAGUUAUAAUAUGCAUUUUUUACAUAUGUAACGAAAGUAAAAUCUGAUUAAUGAAAAAAUUUAUAAACCAAGUGUAAACUACAAACCGUAUUAAAAUUUUUUUGUUUAAUUCUA